AUGAUCGCUAAGCUCCUUCUCGCCGUCUCCCUGGUUUACGUCGCUUCGGCCGACACAUGCAUCCACUGCAUUUGCCUCCACGAGUCUGGAUGCAAGCCUGUUGGCUGUGAGAUGGACGUCGGAUCAUUGUCAUGCGGUUACUACCAGAUCAAACUGCCAUACUACGAGGACUGCGGCACGCCUGGCCGUAAGAAUGGCGAAGACGUCACAACCGCAUGGAAGAGAUGCGCUGACGACUACGACUGCUCAACUCAAUGCGUCAAUGCAUACGUGAAGCGCUACCAGGGUGGAUGUUCAUCAACCGGCGAAGGAUCGUGCCAGAUAAUGUCUCGCCUCCAUAACGGUGGACCAUCUGGCUGCAAAAACUCCGGCACCGUCGGCUACUGGAAUGCUAUCCAGAAGUGCUGCGGAUUAUACGCCGCCUCGGCUGAUACAUGCAUCCACUGCAUUUGUCUGCACGAGUCUGGAUGCAAGCCUGUUGGCUGUGAGAUGGACGUCGGAUCGUUGUCAUGCGGUUACUACCAGAUCAAACUGCCAUACUACGAGGACUGCGGCACGCCUGGCCGUAAGAGUGGCGAAGACCUCACGACCGCAUGGAAGAGAUGCGCUGACGACUACAACUGCUCCACUCAAUGCGUCAACGCAUACGUGAAGCGCUACAAGGGUGGAUGUUCAUCAACUGGCGAAGGAGAAUGCCAA